GUCUCAUUCAAGCCAGCCAGUCUGUUCUGUUCCUAUGACAACGUGUGUACACAAACCAGGAGCCAGUCUUUUCCUGUUGCCAUUUCAGCCUGCGUGAAAAACUUGAUGGACUGAUUUCAGGAAGUGGACCUCGCCUCUCACUAUGGCCACCAAAUCCACAAAAUCAAGAUACCAAGGCUCCAAACCUGGCAAGAAGACUGGGAAUCCAAAAUCAGGCAAAAAGAGAUCUUCUAGUGACAAAGUCACCAAGAAAGAUGUGGACGUCUUCGGGCCAGCGGCCAUGCAAAACGUAUACUACAUUGCUCACAAUGCAGCCGCCUGCUUGGAGUUCAGAGGGUAUGGGUGGUCGAAGGACAAGAGAAAAAAGGGUAAAAAAUGGAAGAUGCAAAUGUAAUGUUUUUCCAAUGAGUGGUGGAAGGGAUUCAUUCUGCUUUAACCAGUCCUACUCUGUCAAGUGGACACAUUUGUAGAAUGACCUAAUGCAGAAGCAUUAAUUUAUAUAAGACACUCUAAAGUAAUGAUCAGCAACUUUAUUGAAAGCUGAAUAUGUUCUAAUUGUUAGACAAUAGUUGCCAAAUGCUAACACUGGAAUUGAAAAAGGAAUUUGAACCCAGUAGGCAUCAUAGAAAUAGAGAUAAAAAUGAAGCAUUGUUUCAGGCACUGUCAACUCCCAUACAAAUGUACACUUGUUCCACAAUCCUGUAAAAUAAAUAAAUCCUCUGCAGAGUGCAUUAUGUUGCUGGAAAUAUCAUCCAUGGUGCUCACUCCGGUGGCUUCUUCUUGGCCUCCACGUCUUUCUUGAAAGCCUCAAUUUUUUUGGCAAUGUUUGGAACCUAAAUGACAAUACAAUGUGCAAAACAGACAAAAAGACAUUGAGCUACCCUAUAGUUCUGUUACAAUAGAGCAAUAGUCCCCAACAUGGCUACCGGUAGUUUUGGGGGGGGGGAAGUGUUGCACUCUAGACCUCGUUGCAAUCGAGUGCUAUUGUCAUCUACCAAUGUAGAACAGAAAGCUGCUAAUUUCAUAGGCGAGUGACAGACGAGGCACCCAGCGCAGAAAAUCCUUAUACAAGUAAUUGGAUGGGAAUGGCAAGAUUGUGGAAAGUUUCUAGAUACAGUACUUCCUCUAAACUGUAAUGCGAAAUAACAGAACAACAUACUUUCCUCACACGGGAUUUUGGUGCAUUUGAAUGCCUGCAAAUGACAAAACCAUAUGGAUACAGAUAGCGGUUGGAUUUUUGCGUUUUCUUAUCCUCAUUGGUCUUGUAAUAAAGUUUGCUAACUAACGAUUCAUGUACACAAUGGGCAACUUUGACUCCCCGGGGUGACAUAAGCAAAUAGACUGUUAUUAAAUUUAAAAAAAAGCUAAAUAGCGCAUUGUGACCUUGGUGUGCAAAUAAUAGCAUACUAUUGUAUGUGAAUGCAUGUUUAGUUAAAAAAAUAUUUAAUUGUAAGUGAAUUACUUACAUCAUAGUUUUGAGCGAGGUACAUCCCCACAACGUUGCCCAAGGUGAAUCCAGCCUAAAAGACAAUACAUUUAUCAGACUAU